UUUGUUAGUAGGAAAUGGGCCGGUUCCUAAACGGAGCGAGGAGAGGGGGAACGUGCCGGGGCAGGUCCCAGUAACUCAGUGGGAACCGGUUUAAUAGAGAGACAGAGGGAGAGAUUAUAUUGCACUGUGGGAACUGCCUGCUGAUCUGGAUAAGCGCCCCAGCCGGGGCUGAACACAUUGGCAUGAGUUUCCCAGCCGGAGUGCUCCUGUGAAAUUACUUACGUGCUUCUGCCAUGAUGGGCUGAUGGAGAAGGCCUGUAACCGUGUGUGCCUCGGGGAAGAGGAUGACCCACAGAGCCAGCCCAGUGAAAGCCUAUGACUUCCUGCUGAAGUUCCUUUUGGUUGGGGACAGUGAUGUUGGCAAAGGGGAGAUACUGGCAAGCCUGCAGGAUGGAUGCACAGAGUCACCUUACGGUUACAAUAUGGGGAUCGACUACAAGACAACCACGAUCUUACUGGACGGUCGUCGGAUAAAGUUACAGCUCUGGGACACGUCGGGGCAGGGAAGGUUCUGCACAAUAUUUCGCUCCUAUUCGAGGGGUGCUCAGGGUGUGAUUUUGGUGUAUGACAUCACAAACCGCUGGUCGUUUGACGGCAUAGAUCGCUGGAUUAAAGAGAUAGAUGAGCAUGCUCCUGGGGUGCCCAAAAUCCUGGUGGGCAACCGCCUGCAUUUGGCCUUUAAACGGCAGGUGUCCACAGACCAAGCACAGAACUUCGCUGAGCGGCUCGGCAUGACGUUCUUUGAGGUCAGCCCCCUGUGUAACUUCAACAUCACAGAGUCGUUCACUGAACUGGCGCGGAUAGUUCUAAUGAGGCAUGGGAUGGACCGACUCUGGAGGCCCAACAAGGUACUGAGUUUACAAGACCUGUGCUGCCGAGCCAUCGUGUCCUGCACCCCAGUGCACCUCGUGGACAAGCUCCCUCUCCCCGUUGCCUUAAGAAGCCAUUUAAAAUCUUUCUCCAUGGCCAACGGUCUGAACGCCAGAAUGAUGCACGGCCGCUCCUACUCUCUGACCGCCAACAACGCGAACAAGAGGAACAGCCUCAAAAAAGCCAAGAUCAUCCGCCCCCCUCAGAGCCCCCCGAAAAACUGUACCAGAAACAGCUGCAAAAUCUCCUAGUCUUGGGCCCCGUCAGACUUGUUGUUCUCGUUUGUUCCCUUGCUUUCUGGCGCCUGGAGCCCUCAGGAUUUGUAAAGAAAUAAUGCUCCAUGUUUGGGGUUGGCUGAAAGCCGACGGCGCAAGCGGCGGCGAAUCCCGCGGAGAUCAGGAGGCUAAAUGCUGCUUUGAAAUCUAAUUUCGGACACUACAAAAAAAAGAUAUAUAUAUAUAUAAAAUAAUGGAUAAACGUGCAAAAAAAACAAAAAAAUAAUGUUUAUAAAUAAAAAUGCAUGGGCCUUUGUGCGCGUGGGUGUGACUCGCGUCUCGUUUCAGGUUUGUGCGCUUACGAAAUAAAGGGAAUAUUUGCCAUUCUCGUUAAUUCCACUUAAUGACUUGUACUCGCUCGAUGAAUUGUACGGAGUCGUCUCUUAGUGCGGUGAUUUGCGAAGUGAUCCGAGGAAACAAUGUGACGUAUAGAUUGCACAGUAAUUGCACCGUAACGGUAUUACCCGCUAGUAGCACUGCUUUGGUAUAAGUUGCCCUUUAGAAUCCCGCCGGGCUGCGGGGCUGUACAUAGGACAGUGAAGGCACUGGUGUGUUUUGUGGAUGAAACAGGUUCUUUGAUAUAAACAGAAGUCGUUUUUUUUGCAUUGUUAUUUAAUAACCUGGUUCUUGGGGGGGGGGGGGGUUUAAUCGGUGAUUCUACAUAUUUGCUUCUAUUUCUGUAAAAGCGACCGUUUUUUUGUACCAGAUGCUCUAAGAAUUGCCGUGUGUGAGAGGGAGAUAUAUCUAUAUAUAUAUAUGCCAAAGAUUGCUACGAAAUGUGAAUAUUUUCCAGGAGAGCCGCCAAGAGAAUGUGACGCGCAGAGUUGUUUUAUAAGAGAGAAACACUAUUAUUUAAGAUAAAUAAAUGUCUUUCAACAUCUUGA